AUGGACACCUCCUACCCACGGGAGGACUACCUGCCCACGCCGUCCCACAAGCGGGAGCCGUCUCCCACCAUCCUCGCCGUUGGUGCCUCCCCACCGCCCCGCGACCACCUCAUCUGGUCCAUCUUCAACACCAUCUACAUGAACUUCUGCUGUCUUGGCUUCGUGGCGCUCGCCUUCUCUGUCAAGGCGCGGGACCGGAAAGUGGCCGGGGACGUGGAAGCCGCUCGGCGCUUGAGCUCCAAGGCCAGGUGCUACAACGCCCUGGCCACGGCAGGGAGCGUGGUGCUGCCACUGCUGCUCGCCGCCCUGGUCAUCACGGGAGUCAUCCACCUCUCCAAGCUCGCCCAGGAGUCCGUCGGCUUCUUCACCUACCAGUUCAGCGGGACCGAGGACGAGGACAAGUGA